UGGUUCAGGAAGUCCUACAUGGAGGCCCUGCAGAACCCUAUGCCCCUGGGCUCCAGCUCUGAGGAAUCCAUCGGGGACGAGGCCUGUGGCUCCCAGACCCACGGCCGCAGGGCCAGGGGGGCCAGGGCAGCGGCCAGUCUUACCCAGAAAGAGAUCCCUGGCCCUGCGGGAGACCCCCAGGAGAUCCCGAGACAAGAGAGUGGUCCAGGAGCUGCAGGGAGGACCCUUCCCAGGAGCUCUCGAUCCUGGGAUAGGUCCCUCAGAAGCUCCCGAGCUGCCUUCAAACCAGAGAAGUGCAUUAUCAUUGACCAGGUCUCUUUGCUUUGUGCAGCUGAUGUCUAUGCAGAGGGCAGCAGCUUCCGAGGAAGGAGCCCCAUCCGGUGUUCGGACCUGCUUGCUGAGCUGCUGUGCCCCGAGGGUGAAGGGUGGGCACCUGGCACAGGAGACCUGCCCAGCCAGGCGCCCAGGCAGGAGCUGGAAAUCAACCAGGAGCUACUGCAGUCCGGGGCGGUCACCCUCCCAGGUGAGCAUGGCUGUCUUGGAAGAGCGGUGGCGCAGGUCUGUACAAGGGGCCCACUCUGGUCCAGCGAACACAUGUCCAGUGCCGAGCUAACCCGCCUGCUAAAGUACCCCCACACCAUCCCCAGGAAGGAGGUGUGGGAGCGGGGGCUGGUCAUCCUGGUGGACACACGCAAGAGCCUGGCCGCCCCCGCCCUUUCCCAGGCCCUGGCAGCCCUGCAGAACACAUCUCCUCCCUUAAUUCAUAGUAUUUUGCUGCUGGUGGAUGAAGAAUCAGCAUUUAGGCCUGACAAGGAUGCAACAAUUCAGUGUGAGCUGGUGGGUUCCCUGAAGGCCCUGCACAAAUUUGUCGACAGCUCCUAGCUGACUGCAGACCUCGAGGGCUCCUUUCCCUACAGCCACAGCGCCUGAAUCUGCUUCCGUCGGAAGCUGGAGCCCUUCACCUCAAACUGCGAGGAAGCCAUUGUUUUCCUACAAAAUUCAGUCCACUCCCUGAAUACCCACAGGACCCCAAGCACAGCACAGGAGGUCGCAGAGUUGAUCGGCAAGCACAGGGCGAUGAUGAAGCAUGUCCUGGAAGACGCGCGGCUGGUGGCCCUCCGGCUGGAAGGCGGCACCGUGCUGGCACGGCUGAGGAGGGAGGCGCACGGCGCCGGCCAAGACUACCAGGACACCAUCGAGGCUGCCUGCAGGCUGUACGACCAAGUAGACGAAGAGGUCCACAGGCUGGUCCUCGCCUCCAACAGGUGUCUGCAGGCACUGGAGGAGCUCCAGGAGCGAGGACGCCAGUCAGGGCUCCAGGGGCAGAGAGCACCCGGGCCCUGCAGGGUGAACGGCGCGUGCACUGGGGCCCCCACCUCUCGCAGCUCCCGGUCAUCACCGGGCCUCACCUCGUCGUCAGCUUCACCACCUGCACAGGACGCCCGGGCCCCCAGCGUCCCUCCUUCCCAGCCUCAAUAUCGUCCGAAAGGGCUGCGGCUGAUGGAAGAGGACUUGCAAGGCGCAGAGGAAGGGACCCAGGACUUCAGAAGGAGUCUGAGCGCCAAGGCCGGCCUGGCUGAGCGGAGGGAGGGCGAGCUGGCCAGGCAGGCCCUCAGGUCCAAGUUCUGCGAGACGGUGAGCGGGCGGACGCUGCGGUGCAGUCAGUGCCUAGAGCACCUGGACCCAGAGCUGGUCACCGAGGAUCUGAAGCGCUGUCGCCGCCAGGCCGUGCAGAGCUUCCCCAGGGCGAGUGUGGUGGUGGUGGGCCCCGGCGGCCACUGGGCGCUGCCACGGGGCCAAACCUUGUGGCUGCAGAGCCGGCAGACCCGACGCCACUGGCAAGAGGCCCUUGGAGAGGCAGCUCCGGGCCCCGGCCCCCUGCCUCUGGGCUGGAGCCCCCUGGAGCACGAGCUUGCCCAGGGACCCGAGGGGCAGCCCCUUGAGCCUUCCUGGACCCCUCCUGCUGACCCCGAGGGCCGAGCUGGGGAGAAGCACCCCCUGAAGAAAAUUAGGAAGAAAGCACAAAGCUUCGCAAUUCCUCGGCUUGACAGUGGCCCCAGCGACUCCCUCCGGCUGGGCCACACUGGGGUCUUUAUCAAAGGCCUGGAGGUGACCGGCACCGCUGUGGCCUCAGAGAAGCGGCCCCCGCUGAGGCCACCUGCCGAGAGCCCUCGGCUCCCUCAGAACCGGAGUCUGUCCUCUCUCCCUAGGACCCACUCCUCCGAGGAGGAUGGGAAGGGCAACAGCCGACCGCAGCACGCGAUGGCCGAGAAGAUCUCCACGGAGAGGCAGGAUGUUAGGUCCUUAGGAUAUGUCAUUGACAACUAUUUUCCAGAAAUGGAGAGGACGGACCUGCCCCAGGGCCUCCGAGGGAAGCGCAGCCUCAUUUUCGGGAACUGGGAGACGCCCUACGCCUUCCACCGCGGGCGCUUCCUCCCGGGGCUGGAGCGCUGCCGGCACCGCCCCUGGGCCGUGGGCCACGCGUUCCUGAGAUAUGAGGAGCAGCUUGGCAGGUACGCGCUCUACAGCAAGAACAAGCGGGCAGACGCCCUGCUCUGCAGCCACGGCAACGCCUUCUUGAAGGACAAGCAGCGGGAGCUGGGUGACAAGAUGGACCUGGCCUCCUACUUGCUGAAGCCCGUGCAGCGCGUGGGCAAGUACGCACUGCUACGCCGGGCCCUGGUCCAGGAGGCUGGCGGCUGCCCCGCCCGUGAGCAGGCGCUGGGCGAGCUGAGGGCCAUAGGACAGGCCUGCGGGGAGGUCAGGGCUGGGAUGGCUGUCCUGUCCCCCUGAGAGAGGCCGGCCUGCCUGCAGGUGGAUCUGAAGGAACAGGGGUGGCUGAGAUGCCAGGACGAGUUCCUCAUUCGCUGCAGAGGGAAGCAGCAGCUGAGGCGCGUGUUCCUGUUUGAAGACCUCAUCCUGUCCAGCAGGGCCCAGGUGGCCGGGGGCCACGCUGUGUACGCGCACAAGCAGUCCUUCACGAUGGCACAGAUCGGGAUGACGGAGAACGUCGGGGACAGUGGCUUGAUUGAGAUCUGGUUCUGCAGGCGGCGGAAAUCCCAGGACACCUACGUUCCCCAGGCGAGCUCCGCUGAGGUCAAGACCGCCUGGACAGACGUGAUAGGGAAGAUCCUGUGGCGGCAGGCUCUGCGGAGCCGAGAACUCAGGAAACAGGAGAUGGCGCCCACGGGGAUAGGCAGCAAGCCAUUCAUGGACAUCAAGCCCAGCAACGCGGCCAUAAGCGACCGGGCCGUCAGUUACACCGGGAAGGGAACAGACGCAGGCGCCGCAGUGCGCCGGGCCCCACGGGCCAACACGUCGGACUGGACGGGUGGCGGCCCCAUGAGGCCCGAUAGACCGCACUCCACCCUCUCAGACAGCAGCACGUCCUCCUCCAGCAGCCGGUCCUCCUCCGCCCGGGGGCCACUGCCCCCGCACGCGCCCACAAGCCCCGCCCGCUACCCCUGUCCGUGCGGGUGGCGUGCACACCUGCACCGAGCAGGGUGA